CGGCCACUUUCCGAGUCAGCCUCGGUACCUAGCGAGCGCGCGCGGAGCCCGCACCGGCCGCGGAGCCGCUAUGGGCCCGCCCCGCCGCGGGCGCCGCGCCGCGCGAGCACCGGCCUGGAGCCAGGCUCUGCUUCUCCACGCCUAGUGAGUCGAGGCUGGCAUGCACCCGCCGCGGGGCUGGGUGCUGGAGUGGGGGGCGUACGGGGGCGGCUCUGGCGUUUUGAUCUUUGGGCCCCCAGGACAACUAGGGCAUCUGCACGGACGAGGUGCACAAACUGAAACUACAAGAUGGCUGACCAGGACCCUGGAGGCAUCAGCCCCCUCCAGCAAAUGGUGGCAUCCGGCGCUGGGGCUGUGGUCACUUCCCUCUUCAUGACCCCGCUGGACGUGGUGAAGGUACGCUUGCAGUCUCAGCGCCCCUCGGUGGCCAGUGAGCCGGUGACUUCCUCCAGACUCUGGAGCCUUUCCUACACCAAAUUGCCCUCCUCUCUCCGAUCUACAGGGAAGUGCCUGCUGUACUGCAAUGGUGUCCUAGAGCCCCUGUACCUGUGCCCAAAUGGUGCCCGCUGUGCCACCUGGUUUCAGGACCCCACUCGCUUCACCGGUACCGUGGAUGCGUUUGUGAAGAUUAUAAGACACGAGGGCACCAGGACCCUGUGGAGCGGUCUCCCCGCCACCCUGGUGAUGACUGUGCCGGCCACUGCUGUCUAUUUCACUGCUUACGACCAGCUCAAGGCCUUCCUGUGUGGUCGAGCCCUGACUUCUGACCUCUACGCACCCAUGGUGGCUGGCGCACUGGCCCGCCUGGGCACCGUGACUGUGGUCAGUCCCCUGGAACUGGUGCGGACAAAGCUGCAGGCUCAGCGUUUGUCAUACCGGGAGCUGGGCACCUGUGUCCGGGCAGCUGUGGCUCAGGGUGGCUGGCGCUCACUGUGGCUGGGCUGGGGUCCCACUGCCCUUCGGGAUGUGCCCUUCUCAGCUCUGUACUGGUUCAGCUAUGAGCUGGUGAAGAGCUGGCUGAGUGGGCUCAGGCCAAAGGACCAGACCUCCGUGGGCAUCAGCUUUGUGGCUGGCGGCAUCUCAGGGAUGGUGGCGGCCACCCUGACUCUACCCUUCGACGUAGUGAAGACUCAACGGCAGGUCGCACUAGGAGCGGUGGAGGCUGUGAGAGGUGAGGGCCCUGGCUGGUGUGGGCAGGGCGCGCAGGGGCCCGGCGGGCUCUCACUGGGCGGCGCCCGGGUUGCAGCGACGCCCGCGCACGCCGACUCCACUUGGCUGCUGCUGCAGAGGAUCCGGGCCGAGUCGGGCACCAGGGGCCUCUUCGCAGGCUUCCUUCCAAGGAUCAUCAAGGCUGCCCCGUCCUGUGCCAUCAUGAUCAGCACGUAUGAAUUUGGCAAAAACUUUUUCCAGAGGCUCCACGAGGAACAGCUUCUGGGCCCUUGAAAGGAGUGAGGAGACCAGGACCCGAGCUCUUCCACCGAUGGGGGUGGGGAGGAGGAGACUGGGCCAAGUGCCUUUUCCUCCGCUCUGAGGGGAGGGGCCUCAUGUCUCUUUUCUCCUCACUCUGAGCCCCAGGGGUAGGGGGCUACCCCUCUGGGCCCACCCCGACCUCCCCCCACCAGACCACUUCCUUCCUGCUGCUCUCCAUUCCCCAGUCCCAAGAAUCAUCACGCCCUCCCCCUUAAGUUCAAGACCAAAUCUGCUAACGUCUUUCCACCACCCGCCCUCAUUUCCCUGUGGGUUUGCUGUAGGUGGGCCUGCCCCCAGGAGCCACAAAACCCUGGGCCUGGUGUGGUCUGCACCCACCCCUGUUAAUUCCUUGAGUCUAAAGAUGAUAAACUUCUUUCCACUG